CUCAUUGUGUGUAAAUUUUUACAUUACAAAACAAAUUCAAAACAUUAUAAACACCAACAGUAAACACAAAGCUACUUGUAACAAAAAGACACCACUGUCUUGUUUUGGCAAUAGAUAAAUAGAUCUAAAUCUAGAGAGAUCAACUGCCGGCCACAACUGCUUUUGCAUUCGCAACAGACGGAAUCCUUGAAAAAUUCUUUGCGACUAAGUUGAUGAGAGAAAAGAGACAUUGCUAUGGCUUCCUGCUUAUCGGCUGAUCUUGAGAUACCUUUCCCGUCAGCUCGAGAAGCUGAGAUUGCCCUGGGUACUCUGAGUGUUGAUAAAGAACCAAAGCGUGGUGGUGUUCAAAGGACCCUGAAAGUCAGUGACCAGAUAUUGCAUGUUCACUUUGAGGCACAAGAAGCAAGGACUCUUCGUGUUAGCAUCAAUUCCUUCUUUGAGCAUGUGAACCUAGUGUGCAAGACCAUGCAGAGUUUUGGCCCUCCAAGAUAACCCAG